UGCACGCCGGGUCGCGCGGCAUAGGCAGAUUUGCAGGGCCCAUGACGUCGGCGGGGCAUAUUUCCUUAACAGCACGGAUCAAUGUGGGACUAAUGCAUCAAAUUCGCGCCCAGUGACUGAGCAUCGAACUGAGUCAGUGGAAGACGCAAAGCAGCAGGGGACUUUAACUCUCCACGUAGACAACAGAAUCGUCGUGGGUAGUGUAUCCCCUCCCACGCAGGUCUUCAAACCGUGCAUCGCAGUGAAGGAUGUUGUGUCAAGCUGCGCCCCACGUGCUCCACUGUUACGUGCCAUUCCUUCAGGUCUCCACCGGCACAACGGCCGCAGUUCGAGCUUUUGGCUAGCCAACACCAACCCUCAGGACAUAGUUUGUCCAUCUAUCACCACAACCACAAUUCAACCUUCCUAUUCUGGCCUGGAUGCCAUCAGGGAUUUUGUGCCUCAAGAAUGCGAGCAGAACACGCCGUCUGAAGCCAUCAGUAUACUUGAUCAUGCCGCCCAGGCCUUUGACAAAGAUAGACACCCGUACGUCGCAUGCAGUAUACCGCUUCCGCACAGCCACGGUAUCGCUUUGCGUGCCUUAUCUGACGGUUCUGUAAUCGAUGCCCAUAUGGACACCCCAUAUCUCCAAGACGCCGAGGAAAAUACUCCCAAUAAGAAAGUGUCGCAUAUUCUUCAGAUAGAGUCUACGACUCGUGGAAUAGGUGAUUGCGUAAUGGAGCUGCAAAGUUCUGACAGCCAGAACAUCGAGAUAAAUACUGAGCACCCUAACCCCGCGGGAGGUACAGUGCCCACGAGGUCUUGUGACCUGCCGACGCCGGUGUGGGGGUCGGUUGAAUCCCUCGUGACGCAGGCGUCGUCAAGGCCCUAUAUUGCCCCAAGAGGUUUAUCUCGGCUAUCCUAUUUUGGUCCACGAACACCAUUGUUACGAGCUUUGCCGAUGGAACAGUCGCUAGAAAGUGAUACUGCAGACUGUACAGUCAUUGCAGACAUCCCGAGGCCGUCAGAAGUUGGCUGGUGUACUCGGUGCGAAAGACAGUUUCGGUCUUGGAAAGAUUAUGUUCAACAUUGCAGCAAUUACCACACGCACCCUUAUAGCGAGGUGUGCAAGUUUUGCGCAUUCCCCAUCAGGGACAAGGACGUUGGGGCCCACGAACGAAAUCAUCAAAGGAGCUCAGUUUCAUGUUCUUUAUGUUCCGCUCGGUUUACAAAGAUUCAUAGUUUGAAAAAUCAUGAAGCGUGUUACCAUAAUAAUUUACCGCGAGGUAAUGGCGCUUCUUCAGUCCCCACUCUUUCCAGUUUGACACCCCACAAUCCAAUGCUACCUUCAAACUCCAUUUCUAAAGUAUCCGUUCCAGCACCUACUAUGGAAUCGGCAGAUCCAUCUUUAGCGGAUGGCCUUCGAAGGUCAGCUCGUAUUGCAAGUUUAAAGAAGCUAGUACCCCCCACUGAUACGGUCUAGAGGCUGCCAAAGGUAGAAUACCAGUCUGACACUCAAUAAAAUAAGCCGAUGUAUA